GAAUAAUUUAAUAGGAAAUAUUAAUGACCAACUGUUUACACAGAGCACACACAUCGUAUCAGUAAGUAUACGCACUACAGCAACAGAAACACUCACAGAUAUCUCGUAGGCACUCAGCAGCCUGGCAAAUGAAAACGUCACAACCGACAGCGCAACAGUACAUACGCGAUAGUACACACGCCACAAGAGGGGUCCUCUUAGAGGCCCGUGCCGCUUGUAAAAAUGCAUUACCAUUGCAGUGCCGACGGCAACUUCGAGGUAACGUUGGCGACCAAGGCGACCAUCUACCACCAGGGAUUAGUCGAAUGGAAACCGCCCGCAAUUUACAAGUCUUCCUGCGAAAUUGACGUGGAAUAUUUUCCGUUCGACGAGCAAACGUGCGUCCUUAAGUUCGGUAGCUGGACGUACGACGGAUUCAAGGUCGACCUCAGACAUAUGGAUGAACAAGCUGGCAGCAAUGUGGUGUCCGUCGGAGUCGAUCUUUCAGAAUUCUACAUGUCAGUUGAAUGGGACAUACUCGAAGUACCCGCAGUCAGAAACGAGAAAUUUUACACGUGUUGCGACGAGCCGUACUUGGAUAUAACGUUCAACAUCACGAUGAGGCGGAAAACACUUUUCUACACGGUUAACAUCAUUAUACCGUGCAUGGGCAUCUCCUUCCUCACCGUGCUCACGUUUUAUCUACCUUCAGACAGCGGAGAAAAGGUAACACUAUCGAUCUCCAUCUUGAUUAGUCUGCACGUGUUCUUUCUACUGGUUGUGGAGAUUAUCCCUCCGACGUCUUUGGUGGUGCCGCUGCUCGGGAAAUACCUCAUAUUCGCUAUGAUACUUGUCUCUAUUAGUAUAUGCGUGACAGUGGUUGUACUGAACGUGCACUUCCGGUCGCCGCAGACGCACCGCAUGGCGCCAUGGGUGAAGCGCGUCUUCAUACACAUCCUGCCUCGAUUGCUCUUCAUGAAACGACCACAGUACAAAUUCGACACGAACAGGUCUCGGUACACGGCGUGCGGAGUGGUGGUGCGGUGCGGCGGCGCGGCGCGGCCGCUCUACCCAUACCGGCUGGCAGCGGCGGACGACGAUUGCUGCGCGCCCGGCGCCUGGCCGCCGCCCGUCGUGCCGGCGCGCCCGCUCACACGCACGCCCAGCAAGGAGGAUCUUACGCACACCACUUACGUCAAUUCUGGAAUGGGUGAAAGUAACCGUUUUGGAGGGAGCUGCGUGGUGCACGGGUCAGGCGAGGGGGGCGCGCUGGGCGUGGGAGGCCCAGGCUCCGAGGAGGAAGCGUUGAGCCCCGUGCCCGACCCGCCGCCCAGCUUCAGUCAUUCCUCCUGCCCGCCGCAUAUGCACAAGACUUGCUUCUGCGUCCGCUUCAUUGCGGAACACACCAGAAUGUUAGAGGAUUCUACAAAGGUGAAAGAAGAUUGGAAGUACGUAGCGAUGGUGCUCGACCGACUGUUCUUGUGGAUCUUCACACUGGCGGUGCUGGUGGGCACGGCGGGCAUCAUCCUGCAGGCGCCCACGCUGUACGACGACCGCGUGCCCAUCGACAAGCACUUCAAUCAGAUCGCUACGUCCACGCUGGUGCGCUGUCCGCCGCCGUCGUAGGCGCCGCGCCACGUGCAGCGCCCCCGAGUGACACUCUCGCUACAAUUUGUUUGUAAUUCGCGCCCAAAUGAUACAGAAUGAUGUUAUUUUCAAGAGCUGGGACUUUUUAAGCAUCGCUUUUUUUACAUUGAAGGGUUUAUAUCAUAUUUGAAAUUUAGCUAACGAAAUGUUGUGAGAGAAGGUUUGAGUUGCUGCAAAAUGCAAUAUAGCUUGUAAGAUUAUUUGAGUACUCGCCAAAAAACUUUUUAUGGCAGUGCCGGUAUUGUAUAAUUAUUCAAAACAAAAUGAGAACUUUUGGCGGCAUAUAAAAGUAAACGUAUCAUAAUUGGAGAUGAUCUUAAAAAAAUCAUUCGAAAUCCUAAUUUUUGAACUAGGUGCGUCUGUGUUUGUUUUUUAAAAUAAUCUUUUUUCUAUAAAAUGUAUGUAGACUUAAGAUAUGAAGGUUUAUUGGAGAGAGUGCAAGCAAGUUGUAGGGCAGAGCCGGGGAGAGUGGAGGAGAGUGGGAGAUAGUGGAGGAGAGUGGGGGAGAGUGGAGGAGAGUGGUGGAGAGUGGGGCGCACUGCACCGGAACACAACGCACACCCGUCCUGCCCGCACGUGUUCUAUUCCACGACACGUACAUUGUACUAGCGUAAUCUCUUCUCAUUAUUCUUAAACUUUGCACCCAACAUUUACCUUACGCACUCAUCAACUAUCCUUCUAAUUCUUACAUACUCUAACUAUGUCAUAAUCUAUUUCCUUGUCUCAAUUUAUCACGUCAUUACAAAAAAUAUGAUGACAAUAAAAAACCGAAAUAAAUUAUUUUUGCCAUAUAACCUGAUGUGUCGAUAACAACGAUUUAUUGUAACAUUAAUUUAUAAAAG